CAACGAGGCGUGAGUCAGUGCGCGACUCGGCGUCCUGGCAUUCAGAUCCUUUGCUACAAGGAUAACGUGCGUGAACUCAAUUACAAAACCGAGCUGGCCGCAAUACAAUUAAAAGUUUUGCGCGCGUCAUUUUCAGUCCAUCCCACACAUAUAUACAAAACAGGAUUCCUACAGGAAGUUCAAAACCACCAAGUGCACCCAUUAAUUGAUUUAAUUAAUUUCUCGAAGUACAAAUAAGUGAGUGGAAUUUUACAGUUUUAAAGGAGGAGCGCUGUGUUUGCUCUUCUCAAAAAAGGACACUAACCAAAACAAACUAAUUCCGCGGUUCCCGAUUACUUGGCUAAUAAGUUACACCACAGAAACCGCAGUACAAUUCCGGAAACAAAAUGUUCCGACCCAGCCACGGUAUAAACAUCCGGUUGCCUAAAACUAAUUAGGCCAACUAUUCAGGUUACGUUUGGUAGCUACUCCCCCAAAAAGGCUCAACAGGAUGCAUCAAGUACUUAGCUACGAGACGGCAGUGCGGGCCAAUAGCUCCCGCGAAUUCCGCGAAUAUGUCUCCAAGCGCACUUGUACCUCUUUGGUGCUAACGAUGGCAUUUUUCAUGCUAAUAACAGGAUACCUGUUGGGAAAUUUCGUGGCCGAACGGAAGUACCACAUACGUCAAAUGUCAAAGGGAAUAGUUAAAAUCCCGGAUAACGAAAGGUCCAUACAGCUAAAUAGUGAGGAAUAUGUCAGCCUGCAGGAGCUGCAAACAUACCGGAAUUCCAAGAGCAAGUUGCUGGUGGCCGCCAAAUUCCUCGAUAAGUUGCAGCAGCAGGACGAGAGUGAGAGGUACCUGGCCACCUCUCUGAAUACGGAAAUUUUCAACAAGUACAUAUCCUGCACUCAGGAUAUUCCGCCCAACACGAAUAUAGCUGCUAGUCAGUUUAUCGAACAACUUAUUGAUAAUACGGUGGCCAGGCAGCGGCACUGCAUGGAGAUUAUCCAGGUGGUGAUUAAUAAUCACCUGGCCAAUAGUCAGUUGUAAGCUAGAGCAAAGCUGGCGUGAAUCUUCUGGAGCUGGAUCAGUGGGCCAAUGCGACAGGAUAUGCCAUUAUAUUGACAUUAUCUACAUAUUAAUAUGCUUAUAGGUGUGCUCAACAAGAGUGUGUGUGUGUUCCCGGAUAAUUUGAAACCAAAGUUUUGUAUAUCAUUUUGAAAGUAUUUACCAUAACAAAAAUUUUUUAUAUGUGUAUACAUUUAAAGUAAAUUAAACUUGUAUCAAGGUGUUAAAUAAAAAGUGU